CAGUAGUAGAUGAACAAUAUCAUAACCUCAGGCUUCAGAUUAAAAACGAUUCAGGAGUUUAACAUUAUUGGUGGGACCUUUACUUCUGAAACAACUCCACAAAGUGGGAUACUGUAUGUGCUUCCAGAACGGCAUGUUUAACCAGCUGGAUUACACCUCUCUAGCUUUGUUGGUGCUCCAGACGACGUUUGUUUGCUAUUUCAUCCGCAAACCGUGAUUUCGUUGAAUAUUUUUGUGGAGUAUUAUUUUUCUUUAUUUUAUUUUUUUUUAAUAUAUUUUUUUAUUUUUUCAUUUUUAACAAAUUAUCGAAGGAUUUCAGGAUUAAGCUCCAUUGUGGAAAAUACUGAUCAGUAUCUACUGAUCUACUGGGUUUGUUGGAAGCAGGGAAGAGAUGAAGAUGGAACCCAGGAGCAUCUUUGGCAUGACGUUACUAUUAAUAAUUUUGCAUCAGGUGUCUAGCUCCGGCGUCUUCCAGUUGGAGCUUCAUGAGUUUAUCAAUAGCAACGGGAUCUUGGCGAAUGGCGAGUCGUGUUUGCCAAACUGCAGGACCUACUUCAAGAUUUGCUUGAAACAUUAUCAGUCGGUGCCCUCUCCCGGAUCCUGUACCUUCGGCAGUUUGGAUACAACGGUUCUUGGAUCCAACUCAUUCAGCAUUAAAAACGUUGACGGGUUUACCAACCCCAUCAGGUUACCCUUCAACUUCUCAUGGCCGAAAACUUUUUCCCUGAUUAUCGAAGCUGUUCAUUCUCCUACAGCCAAAGGACCAAAUUCAGAGGACAUGCUGAUUAGCAAAUUUGCAAUCCAGACGCAACUUAAUGUGGGAGAAGAAUGGUUACAUGAUGUCCAAACGUCAAGGUCACAAACUCAGUUGAGAUAUUCCUAUAGAGUAGUUUGCAGUGAACACUAUUACGGAGAAAGCUGCUCACGAAUUUGUAAGAGCCGUGAUGAUCAUUUUGGGCAUUAUGUCUGUGAAUCCGAUGGCACGAUAACCUGCCUGAAAGGAUGGAAAGGAGAAUACUGCUCUAAAGCAAUCUGUUUAGAUGGGUGCAGUGAGGAAAAUGGAUAUUGCAACAACCCAGGAGAGUGCACGUGUCGUCCUGGUUGGCAAGGUCGUUUCUGCAAUGAGUGCAUUCCCCAUAUCGGGUGCCGACAUGGGACAUGCCAAGCACAGUGGCAAUGUAUCUGUGAUGAGGGCUGGGGUGGCCUUUUCUGUGACCAAGACUUAAACUAUUGCACCCACCAUAAACCUUGUAAAAAUGGAGCCACUUGCAUGAAUACAGGACAGGGCAGCUACACUUGCUCAUGCAAGCCUGGUUUUAGUGGAGUCAAUUGUGAAGACAAAAUCAGCGAAUGCGACAGCAACCCUUGUAGAAAUGGUGGCAGCUGCACGGAUACAGAAAAUGGCUAUGUUUGUCAGUGUCCUCAAGGAUAUUAUGGAAUCCAUUGUGAAAAUAGUGUGUUAAAUUGUGCUGACUCUCCAUGCUUCAAUGGUGGUACUUGCAGAGAAAGAGAACCAGGCGGCAGUUAUACCUGUCUUUGUACACUUGGUUUUACAGGAUCAAACUGCGAGAAGAAAGUAGACAGAUGCACUACAAACCCUUGUCUGAAUGGUGGUCAGUGUUUUGACCUUGGUUACACGCAAGUUUGUCGGUGUCGUUCUGGUUUUUCAGGCCCAACUUGUGCUAUUAAUAUGAAUGACUGUGCAAGAAACCCAUGUUCGAAUGGUGGAACAUGCUAUUAUUUAAACAACGACUACUACUGCAAAUGUCCCCUGGGUUUCAAUGGAAAGAGUUGUGAAGUGAACGCCAGAGACCCACAAUGCACAUUAAAGCCUUGCAAGAAUGGUGGAACAUGUAGGAUGGGUCCAUAUGACAGUUUUGUCUGUGAAUGUCCCUCUGGAUUCUUGGGUGACCAGUGUGAGUCUUACAUUGGGACUCAGAAAGGACUAUCAAUCCCUUGGAUAGCUAUAAUUAUGGGUAUUGGUUUGGUACUUCUCCUGGUUCUCAUCUUUAUGAUUAUAAUGAUAUGGUGUUUGCGGAAAAAGCCUAUGCAGGACAGUAAAACAAUGAACAAUAUGUCUGAUUUCCAGAAAGAUAACCUUAUCUCUGCAUCACAGCUUAAGAAUGUAAACAAGAAAAUGGAUUUGGAGGUGGACUGUGGUCUGGAGAAAUCAAAUUAUAAACUGAAAAACCACACGAUAGACAGUAACCUAACAAAUGGUUUAAUAAGUGGUGUUAGCUGUGGUAUAGGAAAAGACAGUAAAUACCACAAUCGAGAAAAGUGUUUAGAAGAUGAGAAAUUUCCUCUUCGUUUACACAGUGAAAAACCUUGCAGUGAAAAACCAGAGUGUAGAAUAUCAACGAUAUGUUCCCCAAGAGAUUCAAUGUACCAGUCAAUUUAUGUGAUAGCAGAGGAACGGAACGAAUGUGUGAUAGCUACAGAGGUAUAAAACUUAAUUUGGUUAUCCAGGUGUGCAACUUGCAAGCUAUCUCAAACAGCCUAGUCAAGAGGCUCUCACUCCAUGUAGCUGUGUUGUUUACAAUUCAGGACUUUGCUGGACUGGAGGUGAUUAGUAUCACGUACAACUUGCUGCUUUCAGAAGAUCGAAUAAACUGAGCUGAAGGGACAGACUGUGAACUUGCAAAAAUCAGAUGCAAUAGACUUCAUUCUUUAGCUCUGCAUUUUAGAAACUUGAUCAACUGAAUGUAACAAAACUGGAAGAAAAUCAAAAACGAAGUGAAAAUUUCACAUUAAAGACUUUUAUUAUUUUAAGCUACUCUUCAAGUGUCCUUUAAAAUUGCAUUCCAUAUUGUUAAGUUGAAGUGUCAUGUGCUGACAGCAAUGGAUGUUCGCAAUUAAUGCCAUGGAUCAUAUGCAUCAGGAAGGGGAAUUGGAUAUGUUUGCUAUGCAGAAUUAUUAGCUAUCGAGAUCUCGGUUUUGUCCUCCUGAGUUUAGAAGUGCCUAAAGCAUGUCCAAUAGUCUGUAGUAGGUUGGCUGGUGUUCACUGCUUUCCCAUAUAAUACCUUAACAGUAUUAAGCUAAGGAUAUUUAUUGAACCAUCAUGACCAUGUUAGUUUAGUUACAGAGGAAAGGUUGUGGGAUAGACUGUUCUAAAGUGACAACUGGACAUUAUUGCAUGUAAAGAGAUUGGUAAUCGAAAUACAUGGGCAUUAUAUGCUUGUGAUCAUCCUUGGCCAGCAACCAUUAGUCAAAGCCUUAUAUUGCGUAAUAAGUCAAUCAAGUUGGCCACCUUUAAUAUUUCAUUUUGCACUACUGACAAUUAUCACUAGAUAUUCAUUUUCUACUGAAAAAAAACUGGCAACAUUUCUGUUAAUUACAGCCUUAAUAUUGGAUGAAAGCCUCAAAAUAGCUAACAUCAACUGAACUGUUAUAAACGUUAGAAUCCAAAAAUCUAUGUCUGUUUCUAUUUAUAUGUAAUAAUGUUCUAAUUAUUUCCCAGAAUGCAAUUCUAAUGAAGUUAUUUUUGAUGUAUUCAUAAUAAGGGGUUUUAAGCAAUUUCCUGUCCUACAGCACAAGAUUCAAAAACUGAAAGAUGUCAUUAUCAGUAAUAUUUUAUAUAAAGUGGAAUAUUCUUGCUGAAACUGAACUUACUACAUCCAUUGAAUGUAAAUAUUUUUUGGCUUCCUAAAUUAUUUUAUGGUUUUAGAGAUGAAGCUAGACAUUCCAUUUGCCACACAAGGCUUUAAAUGACUUUCAGAAAUGUUUAAAUACUGAAAAUAGAGUAGCAAUAAUGAGUGCUAUUUAAUCAAAUAGAAACAGUGACAUGUUCUUACAAAAAGAAAAGCUGGAGUUCUUGUGAAUUUAACUUUUAUAUUAUGGCACAUUCAUUUACUGUCUAAGCAAUGGAAAAAAAGAAAAGUUAAAUUCUGCCGUUUUAUCUAACAUUUAUAUGCCAGGCCUCCCAUCAAACAGAUUUUUUUAAAAAAAGACUAUGAAAUUCAAUAAUAAAUGUUAUUUUGUUGUUGUUGUGGCUUUUUUGUCAUUUUGAAACCUUGCAUUUCAAUAAUUUAACUAAAAUUCAAGAAGCACUGAACUUUUUACAUUUUAUAGAGUUGUUUGUAUAUAGUGUAUAUUUAUAAUCAAACAAAUGUAAAUAUGUUUAUUUCUUCUUAUGUCAUGUUUUUACUGUGCUAGCAACACAGUUUGAAUUUUAUUUUUAUUUUCAAACAAUGAAAACAAAAUCUCCCUCA